UUUUUGCGUAGGCCGUUGCGGUAUGGCGAAGAUGCUGCUAAGACUGCUGGCUGCAGCGCUGUGUCUGGCCACCUCCAACGCGCUUUACGCCGACCAAGCCGGUGAAUUCGACUGGAACACCGAGAACGUAGGACGUGUGCAGGCCGUGGCCUUCGGGGGCUCCGUGAGUCGCGGGCCACACUCGGUCGUGUCUAGAGGCACCACACGCGCCGUAUACGUAGCCUCGGACGAACGUUCGCGCGCGUUGGCGCGUCUGGACUCCAAAACCGGCGAGAUCCAGUGGCGCCGCGUGUUUGUCGAAGGGGAUGCCAUCAACGAUAUUCAGCUGACGAACUACGGUCUACUGUCAGUUUCGGGAAAUGGACGCAACGUGAGACUUUGGGACUUGAACACGGGCGUGUUGCUGUGGGACGAAGUGACCAACAAGGGUCCAGCUCCGAAAGACGCCGUAUUCGGCGGUCUCUUCUCUCUGGACGGUGAUCACUCGGUGGUGUUAACAUCCUCCAGUGUAGCAAUGGUCGGCGUAAGAGACGGUCAGGUGAAGGUGCAGACGCUUCCUGAGGACUUCACCAAGGCAGCGGUGGACGCUGCUGAGUUGUCGUGGCAAGUGGGGUCGGACAACACAGCUCUAUUUGUUAUGGCAGGUAAUCAAAUGCUGGAGUAUGAGCUGGCAUCGGGACGUGCAGUGAACCAGUUUAAACGCCCAGAGAUUAAGGAAGCAGACAAGGGCGACGUACAGGCCACUACAGUGCUACGUCGUGACAGUGAGGAAGGCAAAACAGCUGCAGUCACGCUCACGAAGGACCAGCUACUGCUACAGGGACUAGAGAACAAGAAGGACUCGUCGGAGGUCGCUCUGAAGUCGCUCAAGCUGGAUGGGGACAAGGUUGUGGCUAUUGACGCCAGUAUUUCGAACUCUCUGGUGCUGGUUCUUGCCUCUGGCAAGCGUGCUAUCCUGAAGAUUACGAGUGCUUUGACGGUGGAGGUCGCUGCAUUUGUGGCUGCUGAAGGAGCUCUGAUGGAGUCAGUCACAAACGACGCAGUGCUCUUCCACGCUGCCGCUAAGAGCACGGACAGCAAGGCACAGAUGACGUCGUAUACAGUGGACAAAAGUCUGACGCCGGUCUCGUGGGAGGCGGAGCUGGACUUGGCUUCUUUCGGUGGCGAUGUUUCCCGUGCGUUUGUUGGCUGUCCGAACACGAAGAAAGACUCGGUUCCAACGUGCCAUGCUGUGCUGGUUCUCAAGGACGACGCGUUGAUCAUGACGUCUAAUGAGGAAGAGGCGGAUGCUAACAACACGAAUGUCCAGUGGGUGCGCGAGGAGUCUCUGGCCAACAUUAAGCGAGUGCGUUGGGUCACCCCCGCAGAGACGGAGAUCGAGAAGCAGGCUUUGAAGAGAAUCCCUUCCUUUAUGGAGGAGCUGGAGCUCGAGAUGAAACAUCUUCAACAGCUGGUGGAGAAGGUCAAGACGCUGUUUGACGAGACCUCUCGUCAACGUGGCGUCGAUAGAUCUCGUGCGGCACGGAAGGAACCGCCGAAUGCUCAUCUGUUCGGCUUCUCCAAGUACAUUAUGGCUCUUACGACGAGUGGCAAGCUGUUUGCUAUCCGUGCUGAGGCCAGUACUGUGGCGUGGUCUGCCUUCGUGGGUCCAGAGUAUCAGCUCUUUGUGACGCGUGACCACCCUGCUCUUGGCUCUGGAGCUGAACUGUUGCUGGUAUCCAACUCGACGGAGCUCGUGUGGCUUGACGGCGAUGACGGUCACCAAGUGGAUAAAGCAAGUGCUGUCGCCGCGUCUGGUGCGUCGUGGGUGGUUGUACUGCCCAAGCGGAGGCACCUGACGACGGAUGAAGAGCCGACGGCACGUCGGACUGUUGCUGUGAUUUCUGAGAGCUCGCUGAAGGUGUCGCUGUACCCGAAGGAGACGGCAGACUUUGCUCACCCAGAGCUGAACCACUUCUACUUCUACCGCUACGACGAGACCUCGAAGGUGCUUCGUGGUUACUUUCUCGAGAAUGAGGGAGACGCCAAGAUAACGGACUACCGAGCUCGUGAGGCGUGGUCGAUCGUGCUGCCUCGUGAGCAACAGGUGAUUGCUACGUCUCACCACCACGGUCACUCGGUCGUGGACUCUGCCGUGACUAUCACUGGCGAUGACUCGCUCUUGAUCAAGUACCUGAACCCGAAUCUGUUUGGCCUUGCUACUAUUGCUACAGAGCCUUCGGAAGGUGACAGCGAGGCCGCUUCUGUGCUUCGCGUGAGUCUGAUUGACACUGUGGCGGGACGUAUCAUCCAUCGCGCACGUCAUCCGCAUGCCACGGGUCCCGUCCGCAUGGUACAGAGCGAGAACUGGCUCGUGUAUUCGUAUUGGAACUCGAAGGAGAAACGCACCGAGAUGGUGUCGUUGUCGCUGUUCGACGGUGCGGUGGGAAUGCACUCGCUGAACCCGUGGAAACGUCCGUCCUGGACUUCCACACGCUCGUCAUUCGACUCGAAGGCUCCGUUUGUGCUGCAGAAGAGCUUCAUCUACCCGACCAAGAUCACGUCCCUGGGAGUGACGGUGACAGCUCAUGGCAUCACGCCUCAGUCCGUCUUGGUCGGCAUGGAGACUGGCCAGAUCUUCAAGUUAGCUCGCAACUUUAUCGACCCGCGUCAACCCGAGAAGCCGCUGACGCCCGAGGAGCAGGCAGAGGGUUUAAUGAUGUACUCUCCUCUCGUGCCUGUGUACAACCGCCCACAAGCCAUGCUGACGUACAACCGCACGGUAGAGAACCUCAACUCCAUCAGCACAGCCGCAGCGGAACUCGAGUCCACCACGUUGGUGUUCGCCCACGGCCUCGACAUGUUCUACGUUCGGAUGACGCCAGCCAAGUCGUUCGACCUACUUCCGUCCGACUUUAACCACGAGAUGCUCAUCCUGCUGUGCUUGACGUUCCUCGCUGUGACCUUCGGCACGAAGGCUCUGGCGCAACGUAAGGCUCUGCAAUCGGCCUGGAAGUGA